AUGGGUGGCUUGACAAGUCUUCUCCUGUUGCUGUGCGUCGGUGUCACAGUGAGCACAGUGUUGGAUCUGCAGAAGAGAGUCGAAGGUGGUAAAGACUGUCAGCGUCAGUACCAUGUGAAAAUACUUGAGGAUGAUGAGGUCAUAUGUGGCGGCUCUCUGCUCGAGAACAACUGGAUUCUGACUGCAGCUCACUGCUGGGUGUGGACUAUGAAAGUAGUUGUCGGCCAAGGAAACACACCAGUGCCAAUCACUGCGCCACCUCUUAUGUAUGGGGAUCCACAGAACAUGCUCCAUGACAUCAUGCUUUUGCAGCUACCUGGCAAUCCUCAGACUGGACAUGUAAAUCUUCCUACCUGUGAAUCUGACCAGGUCUCCCCAAUAAGUGGAAACGUUGAGGUUGCAGGUCAUGGACCCAGUACUCCAGGCUCCGAUGAAAUGUCAGAUACUCUCAAAUGUGCAGAGAUGACUCUUGAGGGCUGUCCAGCAGCUCAAAUCGAUCACCCAAACCCAACUGUAAACAUGCUCUGUGCCAGAAAUCCUAAAGGCAAAACUCCUGAAGUGAAAAUAUGUGGUGGGGACUCUGGUGGAUCAGUGCUGUACAAGGGCAGGUUUCAUGGUGUCAUUCAUGGCUCUUUUAACAGGACUGAAUGUGCUCCAUUAGCUGCAUUCAUGAACAUCUGUAGAUACAAGAAUUGGAUCAACGAUAUAAUUAAAAAGAAAAAGGCAUCCAUUAAUCAUACCGCAGUUGAAAAAUCAUGA